AUGAAAUUAGAAUUCACAGAGAAAAACUACAACAGCUUUGUGCUACAGAACCUGAACAAGCAGAGGAAACGCAAAGAGUACUGGGAUAUGGCCCUGACCGUGGACCACCAUGUUUUCUUUGCACAUCGCAACGUACUGGCUGCUGUCUCUCCACUGGUGAAGAGCCUCAUCUCCAGCAAUGACAUGAAGACCACCGAUGAGCUCUUUAUCACCAUUGACCCCAACUACCUGAGUCCAGCCACGGUGGACCAGCUCCUGGACUACUUCUACAGUGGCAAGGUGGUGAUCUCAGAGCAGAAUGUGGAGGAGCUCCUUCGCGGGGCCCAGUAUUUCAACACCCCACGCCUGCGAAUCCACUGUAAUGACUUCCUGAUCAAGUCCAUCCGCCGUGCAAACUGCUUGCGCUACCUCUUCUUGGCUGAGUUGUUUGAGCUCAAAGAGGUAUCAGACUUGGCCUACUCUGGCAUUCGUGACAACUUCCACUAUUGGGCCAGUCCUGAGGGCUGUAUGCACUUCAUGCGCUGUCCACCUGUCAUCUUUGGCCGCCUGCUCCGAGACGAAAACUUGCAUGUGCUCAAUGAGGACCAGGCACUGAGCGCACUCAUCAACUGGGUGUACUUCCGGAAGGACGAGCGGGAGAAGUAUUUCAAGAAGUUCUUCAACUACAUCAAUCUCAAUGCUGUCUCCAACAAGACGCUGAUGUUUGCCAGCAACAAGUUGAUGGGCAUGGAGAACAGCUCAGCCCAUGCAACUCUCAUUGAGAGUGUCCUUAUGGACCGAAAGCAGGAGAAGCCAUCCAGCUUGUUGAGCUACCAACGGAAAGGGGCCCUGCUUGAUUCGGUGGUCAUCCUGGGUGGCCAAAAGGCCCAUGGCAAGUUCAAUGAUGGAGUGUUUGCCUAUAUCAUCCAGGAGAACUUGUGGUUGAAGCUGUCAGAGAUGCCCUACCGGGCAGCAGCACUUAGUGCCACCUCUGCUGGUCGCUACAUCUACAUCUCUGGUGGUACCACUGAGCAGAUUUCAGGGCUGAAGACGGCUUGGCGAUAUGACAUGGAUGACAACUCCUGGACCAAGUUGCCAGACCUGCCAAUUGGGCUUGUCUUCCACACCAUGGUGACCUGCGGGGGGACGGUGUAUUCAGUGGGUGGGAGCAUUGCUCCAAGGCGGUAUGUCUCCAACAUCUAUCGCUAUGAUGAGCGCAAGGAGGCCUGGUGCCUGGCAGGAAAAAUGAGCAUCCCUAUGGAUGGCACAGCUGUGAUCACCAAGGGUGACCGGAACCUGUACAUUGUCACUGGCCGGUGCUUGGUGAAGGGCUAUAUCUCCCGAGUUGGAGUGGUGGACUGCUUUGACACCAACACCGGGGAUGUGGUCCAGUGUAUCACCUUCCCCAUUGAGUUCAACCACCGGCCCCUGCUCUCUUUCCAUCAGGACAACAUCCUCUGUGUACACAGCCACCGGCAGAGUGUGGAAAUCAAUCUGCAGAAGAUAAAGGCCAACAAGACGACCACCUCGGUGCCUCUCUUGCCUAACAACUGCCCCUUGGAUGUGUCCCAUGCUAUAUGCUCCAUUGGAGACAGCAGAGUGUUUGUGUGCGGGGGUGUCACCACAACCAGCGAUGUCCAGACAAAGGACUACACCAUCAACCCAAAUGCCUACUUGUUGGACCAAAAGACAGGCGAGUGGAAAACCCUGGCCCCCCCACCGGAGGCACUGGACUGUCCUGCCUGCUGUCUAGCCAAGCUACCGUGCAAGAUUCUUCAAAGGAUUUAAACAGCUUUUUAAGUGGGAGAAUAAGUAAAUGCAUUAUUAUUCA